AUGCAGAACAGACACCAGCAAAACCAAAUAGUACACAGAGUGAAUGUCACUCAAGACCUGUUUAUAACCAAAGAAUUCAUUAAGAACAAAGCUUUGCCAUUUGUCUUAAAAAGGUUUUUUCCCCAAUCAUGUUUACUAGGUGUAGAAGUGUUUGUAAUAAUUUCAUGUAAAGUUCAUUCUUCAGUCAUAUUGAAAAGAAGUGUCAUCAAGGGGGAAUUAGCACUUUCUACCCUUGUUAAUGGUGGUUACUGUGCAGUCACCACAAGGAAAACAUACUUUUCCUAUGAAAACAUUGGUUGA